UUCACUUUCCUCUAUAAUUUCUUCCUACAAAAUCCUUCAUUUCUACCGUCAUCUUGGCUUUUAAUCCUCAAUCUUGGUACCCUUCACGAAGCCAUGGAAGUGGUGGUGCCGGCAGUGGAAUUUAACUUGGACAACACAUACUCGUCUCCAUACAUGACUGCUCCUUUCAGUCCUCAAAGCUUCUUCUUCAGUGCUCCCACCAGUCCCACUCGCGCUUCUUCGUUUGCAGCGGUCCCUAAAAGAAAAGACUUUCAUGGAAGAUUCGACAAGAAAUAUGAGACCAACAAUGACGAUAAUGGUGAAGAUUUCGAUUUCGAGUUCGAGUUUAGUGGACAGUUUGAGAGAACUUCUUUGCCAGCUGAGAAGCUCUUCGAUGGUGGAAAGAUUCGGCUAUUGAAACCGCCGCCUGGGUUCUCGACCAUUGUUUCUUCUCCGAAACCGAGAGCUUUUCGAAAGAAAGACGUCGAUCCAUUCGAAACAUCCAUCGAGAAGUCUCGUAAUCAAUCCUCCGCUCGUUCUUCAUCAUUAUCAUCUUCAACCUCCAACUAGUACAACUAUGUUCAU